UAGAAUAUAACCCAGCAAGCAUUAAAAAUAUAAACCUUUUCAUGGAAAAUAUUUUUUUACUGGCCCCGUGGCUUAAUUGGGGUGUUGGGUAUUGUUAUAUUUCUAAGUAUAACGGUGAAUUUCAUUUUCUACGCGAAAUUGAUACGAAAUUCUUUAUACGCAUAUUUUCUUGGUUUUUUUUAAUUAAAAUGGCUGGUGUAAUUAUCUGCCCACAACUGUAACUCUUAUAUUUCUAGAUGAACGUCCUUCCACAAGCGCAGGCGCAAGGAAUUCGCAACAAGGCGAGUGGAAUUUUGCGCGUUUGGUACGCGAAUUAAGCACCCAUGACCAGGGGAGGCAAUUUGCAGAGGAGCAUGGGUUGAUCCCACGUACUAUGCUGUGCCCCAUUCAUAAGGUUAUUAUGAACAGGCGAAAUUCAGGAAAAUUUGGGUUGUUUAUGUGCCGGCGUGGAAACUGCGCCAAAAGGGCUAGCGUUUCGGUAGCGAAAGGGACGUGGUUUGAGGACGUCCGCAUAAGCGUCCCCCACGUAUAUUACUUAAUGUACUGCUUUGUUGAAAAUUUUAACCGCGAAAUGGUUCUACGGCAAGACUAUUUAAAGGAACCAAAAACUCUAUCAUCUGCGACUAUCACCGACUGGUAUAGUUAUUGUAGAGAAGCCGUGGUAAUAUACCAGUUGGACCACCAAGAAGCCAGCGGAAAAAUUGGAGGUCCCGGGAAGAUAGUCCAGAUUGAUGAGAGUAAAUUCGGAAAGAGGAAAUUCAACAAAGGCAGACGAGUGGAGGGUCACUGGGUCCUGGGUAUGAUCGAAGAUGGCAGUGAGGAUCUACGCCUUGAAGUAUGCCCAGAUAACUGCAGAUCAGCGGAUGUUCUUAUUCCGCUGAUCAAGAAGCAUGUGGCUGAGGGGUCGAUAAUAAGGACGGAUUUCUGGCGCGCAUAUGAUUGUCUUUCUGAUAAUGGGUUCACCCAUCAGAAAGUCAAUCAUAGCGACGCCAUUAAUCCGUUCGUAGCAGAAGACGGGACCCACACCCAGCGAAUUGAAUCGCAAUGGAGGGUGGUGAAGCGGUUUUUUUCAACAAGAAAUUAUAACCACACUGGGAAUUUCGCAGAUGUGGUGGUAGAGUAUCUGUGGAGGCGUAAUGUCAAAAAGGCCAAAAAGGACAUGUUUUUGAAAUUAAUCCAGGCGAUUAAUUAUGUGUACAAAUUAGAAAUAGAAAAAUAAAUAUA